CUGUAAACAUCCUGCUGAUUUUAAAAGGACAGCGCUGAGCGGGAGGAAGGCGGCUGGCGCCAUCUUGGUUGCUUUAAUGAGUACAACAAGGGAGAAUUUACUGGGAGAAAUUACCUAAUCGUUGUGAUUUCACUCAGAGAGGGCACCUUUCGGUAAGCCAUACUAUCAUAGGGAGUGCUUGAACCCGGGGAGCCAGGGCAAUGUUUUACGCCCACUUUGUCCUCAGCAAACGUGGGCCGCUGGCCAAGAUCUGGCUGGCGGCCCAUUGGGACAAGAAGCUGACCAAGGCCCAUGUGUUUGAAUGCAACUUGGAGAGCAGCGUGGAGAGCAUCAUUUCACCCAAGGUGAAGAUGGCGUUGCGUACAUCUGGCCACUUGCUGCUCGGGGUGGUGAGAAUCUACCACAGGAAGGCCAAGUAUCUGCUUGCUGACUGUAAUGAAGCCUUCAUCAAGAUCAAAAUGGCCUUCAGACCUGGUGUUGUGGAUCUUCCUGAGGAAAACAGAGAGGCAGCUUACAACGCCAUCACUCUACCUGAGGAGUUCCAUGACUUUGAUCAGCCACUUCCUGAUCUGGAUGACAUUGAUGUGGCACAGCAGUUCACCUUGAACCAAAGCAGAGUAGAAGAGAUCACCAUGAGGGAAGAUGUUGGGAACAUCAACAUCCUGCAGGACAAUGACUUUGCUGAUUUCGGUAUGGAUGACCGAGAAAUUAUGCGUGAUGCCAGCACAUUUGAAGAUGACAUCAUCCAAGGUGCCACAGCCUCAAACCUUUUGCUGGAGGCAGAGCCCGGUCCAGCUAACCUCCCCGACAAAUCCAACCACAUGGAGUAUGAUGACUUUGGGGACGGCCCUAUGGGCAACAGUGAUGGUGGGAUGCUGGUUGACAAGCUGCUGAGCUCCGAAGAUGGAGGUGGCAUCUUUGAUGAUCCUCCAGCCAUCACAGAAAGCGUCAUGAUGCCUCCAGAUCACGGAGAUGAUGAGGACGACUUUGACAACCUUCAGUCGCCUGGUCCAGACAGUCCAGACUCUGGCCCGACUGAACCACUGCCAGCAAUGGCUGACCAAACGGAGCAGACCACACUUGUUCAUAAUGAGGAGGAGGCAUUCGCCCUGGAGCCCAUCGACAUCACUGUGAAAGAGACCAAGGCGAAGCGUAAAAGAAAGCUGAUCGUGGACAGCGUGAAGGAGUUGGACAGUAAGACCAUCAGAGCCCAGCUGUCUGACUACUCUGAUAUCGUGACCACUUUGGAUCUGGCUCCUCCCACUAAGAAGCUCAUGAUGUGGAAGGAGACUGGAGGAGUGGAGAAGCUCUUCUCUCUACCUGCCCAACCCCUAUGGAAUGCUAGACUACUCAAGAUGUUCACACGCUGCCUGACACCUCUGGUGCCAGACGAGCUGAGGAAGAGGAGAAAGGGCGGCGAGGCUGAUAGUCUGGAUGAGUUCCUGAAAGAGCUGGAGAACCCAGAGGUGCCCAGAGAGGAGAUCAUGACGCAGCACCGAGAUGUUAUUGACCAGACCAUCAUGGAGGAGCCCAGCAUGCUGGCACCUUCUGUAAUGGAAGGCAGCAGGACGACGUUGGAUGAAACCGUCAUGCCCCCUCCAUCCACCCCUCGUGGUGUUAAACGCAAAACUGUUGACAAGGAGAACACCCUUCCUAUGGCUUCACUGGAGCAGCAGCAGCAGCAGCAGCUAUUGGCAGACCGCUCAGACCUGUCUCAGCAGCUCGGCAUGUCUCAGAUUGAUUUACCUGCAGAACAGACGAGUGUGGACCUCACCCAGCUUGUUCCUGAGCUUGACCUCAUUGAAGAUAAGCCUACAGAUAAGAAGACCGACAGUGAAGAAGAAGGGGAAGAAGACGGUCAGGCUGGAGACCAGGAUCAGGAGGAGAAGAGAUGGAACAAGAGAACCCAGCAAAUGCUGCACGGCCUUCAGCGCGUCAUGGCGAAGACUGGUGCAGACUCUGUCAGUCUGCUUGAGUUGUGCCGAAACAACAACAGAAAACAAGCAGCUGCCAAGUUUUACAGUUUCCUGGUCCUCAAGAAGCAGCAAGCCAUCGAAGUCACUCAGUCUCAGCCCUACAGCGACAUCAUCGCCACAGCUGGACCAAAAUUCCACCUCAUUUAGAGAUUGGAAAAACAAACACUGCUUGCAACAGACAUCCUUUUUUACUCUUUGCCUUUUUUAUUUUGUUUUCCUGUUGAACCAUUUUUCCCCCUUGGGAAGGGUUUGAAGCUUUUAAGAAAAUGAUUUUACUGUACUACAAAUAUAAUCCUACAGUAUUGGUUCAUGAGGAGUAAGGAAUGUUUUACAAGUAUAUUUAUAAAGGAAACUUACCAGUUACCUAUUUGAAAAUUUGCUUCAUAAUGUUUUGUAAGUUAAAGAUCUGUUGUCGGCUCAUUCAUUAUCUUUAGUAUGAUGUCCCCUCUUUCAGCUUCAGUACUUAAAAUCUGGCAUCAUCACACGUGAUCCUGUAUUGGUUCUGUACAUUUUCUGGAAAGGUACUGUUAUUGCUCAGAAGCGUAAACUCUCCAUCACCUUCCUGCUGCACUUGUUGGGUAGGCAAAAAACCUAGUCUGUCAACGAUAAAAUCAUACCUGGCAUUAUGUUUCUGAUGUAUAAUUCAGCCAAUUCAUCGGUUACGUUUAAUGUACUUUUUUUUUUUUUUUACGUUUAUGCUCAUCAGUCUCUUGCAUUAUGCAACGAGGCAACUUGUUGCAAAUCACUGUCCCAUCUUUUUAGACUUUAGAUAACUUCUAGUUGUGAUACAUCUGUAAAAAAAUAAAGUGUUUCUAAAACUUG